AUGAUCCAGAGUCUGCGACCUAAAGGGAGCUUCAGUUUUGCACCAGCACGCACACAAGCACAUCCUCCCUUCGAGAAGCAGCUUCAAACUUGA